UACAAGGGAGGUAAGUGCUAUUUACCCAAAACUAUUUUUCGAAUAAAUUAGUAUUUCCAAAUUAGCCCUCUUUCUUGUGCCCAAUAAAAUCUCAGCUUUUUCUGCAAGUUUUCCAACCAUUUUUCACAUAUAAUAACACAGAGAAAACGAAAAAUUAAAAAUUAAAAAGAAAAAGCAACUGAAGAAUGGCGGCUCGGCGAAUUCUUUCACUCCUCGCUGCAAAAAUCCCCCAAAAUCCCCUCCCCUCAGAAAUUUCUCGGAAAUUUCACCCUUCUACAAACGCAUUCUACCGCAACUAUGAGCAAUACACCAGAAGAUUUCAGUCUCUUGCAGAGUCAAGUGUUCCAGAUGUCAAAAACUCGAAGGAACGAGAAAGUUGCACAAGCUCAAAUCCCGAUCCAAAAAAAGACGAGACUAGUGUGGAGCACCGAGUGAAUUCAAACUUGAAAAUAUCGGAAAGGCACGACCUUGUGAUGAUGUUCACAUGCACAGUUUGCGACACGAGGUCCAUGAAGACAGCCUGUCGCGAAUCGUAUGACAAAGGCGUGGUUGUUGCUAGAUGCGACGGUUGUAAUAACUUGCAUUUAAUUGCCGAUCGAUUGGGUUGGUUUGGAGAGCCCGGUAGCGUGGAGGAGUUUCUGGCUGCUCGUGGUGAGAAGGUGAAGACAGGGUCCGUUGAUACUUUGAAUCUCACUCUUGAGGAUCUUGCCGGCAAGAAAGAUCUUAAUAUUUGAAAGACGAGAGACGAGACGAGAGAGUUUGGGUAUUUACAUAGUUAUAUGUUGCUCGUUUUCCCGUUUUUCUUUUAUGAAUCGCAGCGAAAAAGGGUACAUGUUGCCCCCGACUACGUUUAUCAGCUAGAACAUAUUAUUUCAAUUUGUUGUAGUCAAGAAUAAUAUAACUUAACAUACUACAAGCGAUAGUUUGAGAAUUUAUGUUCGUUAUCGAAACAUAGCAUCGAACCAGAACAAUGUCUA